UUCAAAUUAUCUCUUUGCCGGGAAAAAUCCUAUAGAGAUUAUUAAAUAUUCAUAAAUCUUUCUGGUUAUUGUCGGGUCCAUUAACUAUUAUUUAUUAAGGCUGUCAAGUCCCAUUUUCCUCAUCCAAUUGUUGUCGGCGCCGGAGUUUUGAGUGCGAAUAUGGAAGCAACUCCAUUGCUGGUAAAUGAUUCCGGUGAACCGGAGCUGAUCAAUGAGGAAGGAGAUUACAGGGCUUUGGAGAGCUUUAAGGAAUUGAGGAAAAUGUUCUGGAUAGAAAGUGUCAAAGUGUGGAAAAUCGCCGGUCCGAUUAUAGUAACGGUUCUCUGCCAGUAUGGAACAAAUUCAGCAACCAACAUUUUUGUCGGUCACAUGGGCGAUAUUCAGCUUUCUUCCGUUUCAAUCGCUCUCUCUGUUAUUAACAUGUUUGCUUUUGGAUUCAUGCUGGGCAUGGGAAGUGCACUUGAAACACUCUGUGGACAAGCAUAUGGAGCCGGCCAAGUUCACUUACUCGGCAUUUAUAUGCAACGUUCGUGGAUAAUCCUCACAAUCGCCGCAAUCAUCUUAUCUCCAAUUUACAUAUUCGCCACCCCAAUCCUAAAGAUCCUCGGCCAACAAGAUGAAAUCGCUGAUCUAGCUGGAGUAUUCACCAUCCAGAUCCUUCCCCAGCUGUUCUCGCUUGCUCUCUGUUUCCCCACUCAGAAGUUUCUCCAAGCUCAAAGCAAAGUGAACGCGCUUGCCUGGAUCGGAAUCGCAUGCUUACUUCUUCAUGUUGGCCUCCUCUGGUUAUUCAUUAUCGGCCUUGGAAUGGGCACGACAGGAGCUGCCAUAGCAUUUGAUAUAUCCGGUUGGGUGCUUUCGUUGGCUCAAAUCGGUUAUGCUAUCGGUUGGUGUAAGGAGGGAUGGACUGGACUGUCGUGGUCCGCGUUUAAGGACUUAUGGGCUUUCGUUAGACUCUCGAUUGCUUCGGCUGUUAUGUUAUGUCUUGAGGUUUGGUAUAUGAUGAGCAUAAUCAUCCUUACUGGUCAUCUUGACAAUGCUGUACUUGCUGUUGGAUCCCUUUCCAUUUGCAUGAAUUUUAAUGGGUGGGAAGCAAUGAUAUUCAUUGGAGUAAAUGCUGCAAUAAGUGUUCGUGUAUCGAAUGAACUUGGAUUUGGUCAUCCUAGAGCUGCCAAGUAUGCCGUAUACGUGAUUGUGAUUCAAUCAUUGGUGUUCGGUUUAGUGUGCAUGGGACUUAUCUUGGCAUUCAAGAACGAUUUCGCCAUUAUAUUCACAGAUAGCAAAGACAUGCGUCAAGCCGUGGCCAAACUAGCAUACCUUCUCGGCUUCACCAUGCUUCUCAACAGCGUUCAGCCAGUCAUAUCAGGGGUGGCUGUAGGGGGCGGUUGGCAAGCUCUAGUGGCGUAUAUUAACUUGGGAUGUUACUAUGUCUUUGGGCUUCCUUUCGGCUACUUGCUCGGUUAUGUUGCCAAUUUUGGAGUACAAGGUCUUUGGGGAGGUAUGAUAGCGGGAACGGGGAUGCAGACAAUUCUUCUAUUGAUUGUGCUCUACAAGACAAACUGGAAGAAAGAGGUGGAGCAAACCACAGAGAGGAUGAGGAAGUGGGGAGGCCAAGAUUUAAACAAUAAUCAUGUUUGAUGAUGAAUCAUGAAUCAUGAAUGUCUCUUUCUCUUAUGAGUAUUUUUUUUACUAUUGGUGGUGCAUGCAUGGCCUUUCGAUGAUUAUUUAAAUUAUUAGAGUCAGCAUCAGUUGUAGCAUUUUAUUUCUUUUAGUUUAGGAUUAUUUGAGUCUUUGACAAAAAGAACAUUCUCUAGUCAAUAUCUAUUU